GGAAGUGUUGGUUCCGUGGAAGCUGUCACCGUGUACGGCGGCUGCACGUCGCGGGUGUGGAGCCGGGAGGAGGGUCACGUAGCACAAUGCCAGCUCUACCUUUGGACCAACUACAGAUCACCCACAAAGACCCGAAGACAGGAAAGCCGAGGACUUCACCAGCUCUGCACCCUGAGCAGAAGGCAGACCGGUAUUUUGUGUUAUACAAACCGCCCCCUAAAGACAACAUCCCCGCCCUAGUGGAGGAGUACCUGGAACGCGCCACCUUCGUAGCCAAUGACCUCGACUGGCUGCUGGCCUUGCCUCACGAUAAAUUCUGGUGCCAGGUCGUUUUUGAUGAGACCCUGCAGAAGUGCCUGGACUCCUACCUGCGCUAUGUGCCCCGAAAGUUUGAUGAGUGGGUGGCCCCGACCCCUGAGGUGGCCGACAUGCAGAAGCACCUACACCGGAGCGUUUUCCUCACCUUCCUCCGAAUGUCCACUCACAAGGAGUCCAAAGAUCACUUCAUUUCUCCAUCUGCAUUUGGAGAAAUCCUCUACAAUAACUUCCUCUUUGACAUCCCAAAGAUCCUGGACCUCUGUGUGCUCUUUGGAAAAGGCAACUCACCACUGCUCCAGAAAAUGAUAGGAAACAUAUUUAUCCAGCAGCCAAGUUAUUAUAAUGACCUGGAUGAAACCAUUCCCACCAUACUUCAGGUCUUCAGCAAUAUCCUCCAGCACUGUGGCUUGCAAGGGGAUGGGGCCAGCGCCACACCCCAGAAACUCGGGGAGAAGAGUCGGUUGACCCCCAGUGACAUGCCUCUCUUGGAAUUAAAGGACAUUGUUCUCUACCUAUGUGAUACCUGCACCACGCUCUGGGCCUUUCUGGAGAUCUUCCCUUUGGCCUGCCAAACCUUCCAGAAACAUGACUUUUGUUACAGACUAGCUUCCUUUUAUGAGAUGGCAGUUCCUGAAAUGGAGACUGCAAUUAAGAAGAGGAGGCUUGAAGACAGCAAGCUGCUAGGUGACAUGUGGCAGAGGCUCUCCCAUUCCAAGAAAAAGCUAAUGGAGGUGUUUCACAUCAUCCUGAACCAGAUCUGCCUCCUUCCCAUUCUAGAGAGCAGCAGUGACAACAUUCAAGGCUUCAUUGAAGAAUUCCUUCAGAUCUUCAGCUCCUUGCUGCAGGAAAAGAGAUUCCUCCGGGACUAUGACUCAUUCUUCCCUGUAGCCGAAGACAUCAGCCUGCUACAGCAGGCUUCAUCGGCCUUGGAUGAGACCCGGACUGCCUACAUCCUGCAGGCUGUGGAAGGUGCAUGGGAAGGGGUGGACAGACAGAAAACCAAGGACAUUAAAGACCCAUCAGGGGCCAAGGAUCCUAAUAAUGAAGUCACCGUGACAGCAAAGCCAGUCAGUGAAAUGCCGUCACAACUGGAGAACUCAGAGGAGGAUGAGGAGUGCAUGGGUGCAGCAGCUGCCCCGGGCCCAACCGUGUGUGGAGUGGAACUAGACUCACUUAUCUCCCAAGUGAAAGACCUGCUGCCAGACCUCGGGGAGGGCUUUAUCCUGGCCUGCCUGGAGCACUACAGUUAUGAUGCAGAGCAGGUGAUCAACAACAUCCUGGAGGAUCGGCUGGCCCCUGAACUCAGCCAGCUGGACCGCAGCCUAGAAAGACAAGUGAAGCCGGACCCUACACCCCUGCUGACAUCUCGGCACAACAUCUUCCAGAACGAUGAGUUUGAUGUGUUCAGCAGGGACUCAGUGGACCUGAGCAGAGUGCACAAGGGCAGGAGGAAGGAGGAGAACGUGAGGAGCCUGGUGAAUGACAAGCGGGCUGUGGAGGCACAGCGGCAUCGCUACCAGCAGUACAGUGUGGUAGUAGAGGAGGUCCCACUGCAGCCAGGGGAAUACCAGGUUGAUGACUAUGAGGAUGAGUAUGAUGACACGUAUGAUGGCAAUCAGGUGGGCGCCAAUGACGCUGACUCUGACGAUGAGCUCAUCAGCCGCCGGCCCUUCACCAUCCCUCAGGUGCUGAGAACCAAAGCGCCUGGAGAAGGACAGGAGGAGGAAGAUGAGGAAGUGGAGGAAGUUGAAGAGGAGGCCCCCAAGCUGGACCAUUUCAUCCAGGAUCCUGCAGUGCUGAGGGAAAAGGCUGAAGCCAGGCGCAUGACCUUCCUCGCCAGGAAGGGGUACCGGCCUGAGAAUGCCGCAGCAGUGACGGGCAGUCCCCGGGGCCAUGGGCAAAGCCGAGAAACCACCCAGGAGCGCAGGAAGAAAGAAGCUAAGAAGGCCACCAGAGCCAACCACAGCCGUAGAACCAUGGCUGACCGGAAGAGAAACAAAGGCAUGAUCCCGUCCUGAGGCCACCACCAUACCUCACCUGCCAGCCAGUGGUGAGCGCCUUCUUGUCGAACACAAAGUGCCUUAUCCCUUGGUGCUGGAACCCAGUGCCAUCAAGCAGGCUGUCUCCCAGCUCUGCUGGCGGAAAAGGUUGGGGAUGCAAAAGUAAGGUGUCCUUAUCUUGUACAUCAAGACACCAUCUCACAGGAGCCCUGAUGGCAGGAGACCUGUGUGUUCAGAAGGAGCAACAAGCCUGUGAAUAAAGUUUCUGACCUUCCACAGUGUCCGUGACAGGCUCCAGCCCUUUCACUCCGUCAUUCCUCAGUGACCCCGACAAGACAAGAAGGCACAGUGCUCCCGUUGGUUCUGUCUGUUGACUCUCCGUGCGUGCCCUCAGUGCUCUUCCUUGCUGUGUGGCCUUUGCUCUGGGCCGGUGGAAGGAAGUCACCAGUGGGAGACCUAAGGUUCCUUCUGCUGCUACCUCAUGCACCUCCUCUCCAGGAGGUGGCGCAGUUUCUAGUUCACAGUACAGCCUGGGGAAAUGAGACAUGGAGGGCUGAGUGUGCUCCUAGGCCGCAGGCAGGCAGUGGCAGAGCAGGUCUUAGAAACUCAGUCUGAUCCCUGGCUGUACAGGUUACAGAUCCAUGUAGAUGAUGUCAACAACGUCUAUGUCACAGCUAGAACAAGGACACUUAGCCAGUUACAGAGCCUUGUAGUUAUAAAUAUACUGUUAGCCCCAACCCUCCCAAAUCUAGAGAUGGAAGCUACUAAAAAGAAGUGAAGGUAUUCUGCCAAACCCUGUUGAACGGAGUGGGACUUGGCUGGUUUCCAGAUCCCUGUGCAGGCGUGGCCCACUCUGCAGUGGGCAUCAGCUAACAGGUCCCCUGGGUUUUAACUGAUGUGCAGGGGAGCUACAGCUCUUUGCUGGGCUGAUCCUGACCCAGCAGAGCCUGGAGUCGUAUCUGCAGACCUUUGGAUGCUAGGGACAUUGAUUUGAUUGCAGUUAGGACGAACGGGCAGACAGACACUUGAUGAAUUGUUUUGUUAGGCCAGCCUGCACAAGUGAAAAUCAAUGGCAGUCCCUGUGCCUUGUUGGCCUAGGGGAACAUUUGGGAUGCAGAGCGGGUAUGGGGUGGUGUCUUCCCCGAGGGAUGCUGAAUUAGCUGAGAUCUGGCAGAGUUAGCCAUUCUGACAGACAGCAGGAAAGCAGUUUCCUCCUGGAAGCACUUCCCAGUGGCCCAGCUCAGUGGCAGGGUCAUUUCUCCCUGACUGAGCUCAGCCCGAGCUGCUGUCAGCAAGGCGAAUGGGCUUUUGGAGCUUUGCCUGCUGCUCCUGCAGCCACCUAGAGCACUGCCCAGGUUUCCUGGGUGCAGUCUGCUGAAAGAAUAGACCAUCACCAUCUUUCUGUUUCCCAGCAUGUCAGGCCAGAUCAAACACAGUCCCCCAAGGAGCAACAUGUUGCUUGCACCUAUGCGUGACAGGACAGUCUUUCAUGGCACUUUGAAACCAGUCUGGAGCAUUCCUGUCACCCCUUCCCCUCGGCCUAAAUGAGAGCACUGGACCAGGUGAAUGGUACUAUUUGAUGUUGGUGAAGUCCCUAGAGAUGGAGACUGAGACUGUCGCUCAGUGGUAGAGCAUUUACCUAACAUGCACAAGGUUUGUCCCUAGGACUACAUACACAAAGGAAAUCCCCAAGGGGAGAUUCCAAGUUUAAGAUUGGCAGCCCAAGAAUGUUGGGUGGGUGUGGGUGGACCCUUUGGUCCCUGUACCCACCCCCAUCCCCACUGUUCUCCUAUUCGAGUAUCUUCUAAGUGCCUUUCCUGUGUCCUACAGCGAGUGUGACCAUCAUAGAUGUUUCUGGAGAAACUUAAAGCCUUGAAAGGACACAAGACUCAAGUGUCUUUAAUAGUUUGUGAAUGGCUGCAAGAGCUUCUGUGCCCUGGGAGGCAAGACCAGAGGUGGAUUAGAAGAGGCCUAAGAGCUGUGGGAAGGGGCUGAGCAAGGAAUCUGCACAUAGUAGUGACUUAGCCGUGGCUGCCUGUCCUUGCCAGCUUGCUUCAGCUGCAGCCUGGAGGAGAAGACAGUUGGCACAAGUCUGCAUGCCACUGCCCCUCCAGGAGCUCAGAGUCAAUAUGUGCAAAAAACAAAACCAGAAUCAACCAGGGCUAGACAUGGUGGCACACACUUAUUUCUUGGGAGGUAGAGGCAGAGUUCAAGGUUAGCCCAAGCUACAUGUGACCCUGUUCAUAAAUGGAUAAAAACUAAAGCUGCAGAACAAACUUAAGAGCAGACCACGUGAACAUAGUGUCGAGCAUUGUUUGUGAGAAUGUUAAAACUCCUUUUGUACACCGACCUAAUGUGGAUGGGAAUGCUGGGUGGUGCUGGUGACGGCCAUGAUUACUUCUAUUGGGAAUAAACACAUUUCCUGAGCCUCUCUCGGGCCAGAGUUUCUCCUC